GGCGUACAUUAGGCAGUCACCGACUUGACCGAGGACUAAAUAGUAACUUCACUUCCGCACGAUCAGAGAACGCAGGAUGGCUAUAUAUAGAGACGGUGGAAAGUUUAUCAAAUUCCAGAAGUUCUCUGCUGUUUCUCUAAAUUUCAGAGCUUCUCAAUUUUUUGGGCAUAUAUAGAGAUUUUGGAGCCAUGAAUUCAAAAUCGAUGAGGAUGAUGGAGACUCAGAAGCAUCAAUCCAGGAACGUUGUAGAUAGAAUUAACGUCGGAGUUCCUUCGAAGGUGUUCUCUUCGUCGUCUUCGUCUUCGUCUUCGGUUGCAGCGACGUCGUCUUGGGAAAAUCCUAGCAAGCGCUGUUGUUAUCAUGCGCAUGCGGAGUUGUUGGUUCAGAAUUACUCGAAUUUCAAGAGGAGUGGUCAACCGGUUCGGUUCUUGUACUAUUCUGAUGAUGGGUAUUGGGUUGAUUUUCCGGUGGAGAUUUUUAAUUCUCUGAGAUCGGGUUUCUUAGAGGGCAAGCCAGUGGUUGAGGUUGAAAUUGAUGGUUCUGGAUGUCUAUUUGAUUUUUAUCGGAUGGUUCAGAUUCAUCUCGAGUCUGGUAAGCAAAUUUCUAUUGCUUGGAUUGAUGCUGAAAACAAGUGUUUUUUCCCUGAAGUAUUUGUCGGUGGAGGCGGUGGAGAAUUCGAGAAUUUUUCCGGAAAUCCGAAUACGGAGAUUGUGAGUUCCUCAGAGAAUCCGAAAGUUGAAAUUGCGGGUGUGAAGGAAAAUUUGAGUUCUGGGAAUCCGAAGAUUGAGGUCGAGAUAAUAAUUGCCGGGGAUUCCAAUUCCAACCUCAGUUCCGGUAAGAGGAAAAGACAGGACGUUGAUGUUGAAUCGGAAGGACUGAAGGAAGAGACUCAGGGGAGUUCGUCUAAUUGCCAGAGUCACGGAGCGAAAAGGCGGCAAUGUGUUGUAUCUGAUUUGGGAUCACCGAGGUGGCCGAAGGCAAAAUUGUUGAAACCAGGCGAUAAAGCAUAUUCGAUUGUGGAAAAUUUGUUUUCAACUUGGCUAAGAAUUGUUGAGCCUAGUGCUACAAUUACCGCGAUUCAUCAAUGUCUCCGAACCGGUCCGUUGGAUAGAGCACGGUACCAAGUUUUCCAGAAGCAGAUGGAGAUUAUGAAGGCUGCUAGGGGAGACUCCAAUAUGGUAUUCGCUUGGCAUGGGACGUCUGCCAAAGGCGUCGAGAGCAUUUUGGCUCAUGGGUUUAGUAUGCCCAACAAGAUUUCUGGUUCUGAAGCUCAUGGUGUUGGUGUUUACUUGUCUCCUGCAAAGUCACCUCACAUGAGUGCAAUGUUAUCGGAGGUAGAUGAGAAUGGCGAAAAGCAUGUUAUACUUUGUCGAGUGCUAUUGGGCAACCGUGAAAAGGUUGGGGCAGGGUCUCAACAGUUAUAUCCUUCAAAUGUCGGUUUUGAUACUGGUGUGGAUGAUCUUAACAAUCCUAAUUGGUAUGUGGUGUGGUGUGCCAAUAUGAACACACAUAUCCUUCCCGAGUGCGUUGUGAGCUUCAAAUCUUGUCAAGGCGUGCCAGGUCAAUUGAAUGGAUCAUCAUCUACGAAGCCGGUUCCUCAUGCAUUGCCGUUGGGAGCAAAGUUAUUUUCCAAACUGGAAAGUUCUCUUCCUCCAUCCAAAGUUUGUGAAUUGCGAACACUAUGCAGUACAUAUAAGGAUAAAAAAUUGGGGAAAGAGAUUUUCAUGAAACAGUUGCGAUCAGUCGUUGGGGAUGAUAUGUUGCGUAUGACUAUCCAUGAAAUUCGUGGCUAAGAAUGAGGUUUUUUCAGUUUUUGGUUUCAUUCAGAAGAAUUUAGAGAUUGUUCUUGUCAUGGAUAAUCCACAUAUACGAACACACAUCAAUUUACACAAUUACAGGAUUUUUAAAGAGGAAAACCUCAGAGAUAGGGCUGUUUUAGUUUUUUUUUUUAUUAUUUGUAUCUUCAAUUCCCAACCAGUUAUGUAGUGACUAUGCCUCAAGUUCAAUGGAAAAUUUUCUUGUUUGCUAUUGAAAUGCUUCAAGUGCUUCCCUUAUUGUGGUAUGCAAUUUUGUUCUCUCUUUAAACCUCAUCAAGACAAGCAAGCACCUCUAAGGUUGAGGUUGAUUUUGGUUCUCUCUAGCUCUAUUUCUGUAGCCUAGUGAUUUUAUUGUACUUCCUGAAGAUCUUGCAUCGUGUGAGAUAAUGUCUGCUUUGUUGCAUACAGAUUGUGGUUCAUUGCUUGUUUUUUCCUCUAUUGAUUUAAAUCUUUAAAAACUAGCACAUGGAUGAGCAAAUGAAUCAGAAUUUUCUUUCUGACUGGUGGUAGUAGAUGGCGUUAUUAAAUAUUCAUUUUUCGACCCUAUAUGAUGAGUGAACCAUGCCAAUCACAAGAUGGCGGCACUAGAAAUUUUCAUAUAUGUGGAGGUGGCUGAACCAAGACAACCUAUCUUACUAAUAAGAAGAAAGGGUUAAGGGCUUCCAACGCCUAAAAAUAGAAGCUUCUUUCGGUCUCUAUUUGGAAAAGGGAGACGGGGCCAAAGUUAGAAGUCAGCAAGAAAGAGCUUUGACUAGCCAUGGAUAUCACUAGAAGACUUGAGGGAAUGAAACAAGAAAUAUGUCAGGUGAAAAACGAGAAGCUCCAACGAGAGCAAAUGCUGUAGAUAUGGUGUUCACAAGAAGUAUUAUGGGCAAAUUAGUAUUCUUUAUAUGUAUCACAGAAAAAUGGUACAUCUUUGGUGUGAACUGGUUUUAGUUGUGGUGGAGAUGUGUUCGAGCUACAAAGGAAGUGCAGAAUUUCAAUUGCUGGUGAUGUUAAAUCAUAAUGUAUUAUUGAUUCUGAAUAAUGUGUACCGACAAAUGAUAUCACUAAUUUAUGAAUACUGAUGUCUUCUGACAGAGCUAUACUUGAAUGUUCUAGACUGCGUAUUAUGGAGCACAUUUUGUGAAUUA